AGUAUAAACUGAAAACCGACAUGUCUUCUUCUACAGAGAUGACGGCCACUACGAAGAUCACUCCGGAGGUUCUCCAGGAACUCCUGCAGCACUACAACCUCUCGCGUCGGGAAUUCAUCGACACCUACAACAUCCAGCCUCUGGUUUACAUCCCCGAGCUCCCUGCUGGAGCGAAGACCAUGUUUGUCGUGAUGUACGUGAUUAUCUUCGCGCUGGCGCUGGUCGGGAACAGUUUGGUGGUUUGGCUGGUGUGGAUCGCUGCUGUCAUGGUCGGAUCACCGAUGCUGUUCGUGCAACAGCUAGAGGUGAAGUAUGACUUCCUGUACGAUCAUCAUCACGUGUGCUGUCAGGAGCGCUGGCACUCGCUGCUGCACCGUCAGGUUUACACCACCUUCAUCAUGGUGGCGCUGUUCCUGCUGCCGCUGGCCGCCAUGCUCUUCCUCUACAGCCGCAUCGGCAUCGAGCUCUGGAUCCGGAAACGCGUGGGAGACUCUUCCGUCCUCAGCACCAUGAACCACAGAGAGAUCAACAAAAUCUCCAGGCAAGUGAAGAAGAAACGUGCCGUCAAAAUGAUGAUCACUAUCGUCCUGCUGUUCACCAUCUGCUGGGCUCCGUUUCAUAUCGUGCACAUGCUGUUCGAGUACAACGAGCUGGAGAAGAACUAUGACGAGGUCACGGUGAACAUGAUCAUCGCUGUGGUGCAGGCCAUCGGCUUCUCCAACUCCUUCAACAACCCCAUCAUCUACGCCUUCAUGAACGAGAACUUCAAGAAGAACUGCGUGGCCACUCUUCAUGCGUACCUGCGGCGUCCCGUCCAGCAGAGCGGCGCCGUUCAGCGGCCCAACCUCAGCGUGCACUUCUCCAAACACCUCAAAAUUAGGAUUGGCAAAUAA